UAAAUCUACUUGUGACAUAGAUUUGCUCAGUUCUCUCUUGUCCUCGUUACUUGUUCCGCCUGGUCACCUUGUUCUCUGUCCAGACUUCGUUGUGACUGUACUGUCUGAAUUCGUGUGCGUCGACGACAGUAGACAAAACAUGAUUGUCCUCAACCGGAGGGCUCGUCGUCCACAAUGUUUAUGCUUUUGACUAUGUGUGCCGGUAGCCAGAGGAAAGACCUGACCAGCGUGCGGAGUGCAUGAAUGUACGGCGACCCAGUCUCUUUCCAGUAACUCAACCGGGUGUCCAUGACAAAAUAGCGGAGACGGAGGGACACCAGAACUUGGAAGUGGUCAUUGCGAGUGUGUACCGAUGAGAAAGAAUUAUCAGUAACUCACCGUUCCGUGCUGCGCUGGGCAGCUUUCCAGUGGUACAUUCGGCUCUUCGCGACUGGAAACGCACCGCUACGAAGUGUCGUACCUUACUUUCGCGUCUUGUUUCCGUCAACUAUCGAAGAAUGCAACUGUGCUGCUACUGGCGUUAAUACCUGAUACAGCUGUAGGGUAGACAGAGGGGGACAAAACUUAUUCCAGACAAAUGGCCACCGCUGGAGGGAAUUUUGGCCGCGGACAGCAGCAGCCAGUCCGUGGAGGAGGUGGACGGGCACAUGACGGUGGCGAUGGUGGUGGGCGGCAGCCGGCGGCUGGAGACGGUCGACAACAUGAGUUGACUGAUCGUCAGCCACGGCCAGCACCAAGGCGAGGAGGUCAAGCAGUCCAAGCAAGCGGUUCCCAGCGACCGCGUACAAGUAAUGCAUUAGCGGCAAUGCAUCGGACCCUGGGUCAUACAACCCCUGGACCGCCACCAACCGAAGGUCCAGCUCGUGCUCAAUACCUGAGAGGCGCUGGCACACCCAGACGACGCGAAGUGAACCCGGCGGCAUCUUCACACCAGGAAAGGAGCAGUAUUGCCCCACUGCCGGAAGUAGCAGCUUCGUCAGAUUCGGCAGACAAACGCCCCCUGGUGUUCCUCUUCGAUGGGACGGCCAUUGGCCCGAACACUACGCGCUCCUCUGCUGUUGUCGGCACUGACGACUUUGAUCCGUAUCAAACGACGCAUUCGACCAGCUACAAGCCACCUCCACACCCACAACCACCUGCCGGUCCCCCUCCAAGCUAUCAGCACUUUAACCGGCCGAAUCGUAACCUACUGUCCAUAAGGUCAACUUCCAAUCAGCUGCUGCCCACGGCAGUGGAAGCCCGCUCAAGGCGUCAAGGCCCACUCGGCAGCCAAGAGAGACCGCCACCAGGCCAGGACCAGCGUGCAUUCCACACGCUCGCAUCCACGGACACGUCAGUGUUCCUUGCCGACAGCGAACAGAGCAGGGUGCAAGAAGAGGCCGUCGCAUCAGCCCAGCCAGCAGCUGCGGCCAGUCGAGGUAUGUUCCAAACUCCCGUUCAACCUGGAUAUCAUGCUGUGCAUCCCGUCGUGGCAGAACACCAUGACUUAGCACUACCAACGGGACGCACCCCGAUCGUGUACGACGCCCUAGUGGAACCGCACAAUCCAAAUCGAGCUGCGGCAGCACCCAUGGACGAGUUCAGCGCCAUAGGCGAUCCUGAGGAUGCACUAAAUCACCGGACGCGGCGGCUAAGGCGCAUUGCGCAGCAACCUGACGCCGCCGGGCACUCCAGUGCAGGGUACGAUCAUUCGGGGAAUCAACCGGCUACCAUGGCAACCAAUCCACCCAAGGGUAAUCCCCCACGUGCUCCAAGGCAGGGAGAAGGUUCCACGCGUAUCCGGCCAGCACGAAGAGACUCCCUUGCUACUAUGGCAACCAAUCCACCCAGGGGUAAUCCCCCACGUGCUCCAAGGCGCGGAGAAGGUUCCGUGAGCAUCCAGCCAGCACAGAGAAGCACCGAGCAGAGUACACUGCCAGCCAUACCGGGCACUGCAGCAAGACAAGCACAGCCGGCGCAGAUCACAUGUAGUGUGUCUGACCUUCCACUAGGAAAUAAUCCCAUACGCACCACGGUGAUCAAUCGAAACACAGCCAUACGCGACGCAUCUCUCCAAGAAGCCAGCAGUCGUGGCAUGGGUGCAGCGAGCACCGUAUCAUCCCUGCCUACGGGUGCAGCAAGCCAGCCUAACAGACCCUGCGUGGCUGGCGCUGCACAAGCAGGCGAGUCGACGUUCCCGAGACUAACUGGAGGGCGGGCGGCCGGGAGAGGAACUACGCAGGAAUCUCGCUCACUUCUGCCAGCUGUAGGGUCCACUUCCAUCGUCACAACCACCACCGCCACCACCGCUCCGUCCCAAGAGACGGUGAUACCUGCCCCUCCUCCAGGCCUUCCCCCACCAGGCAACUACAGGCCUCGAAGGGGCCAGCUGACCCUUGCUAUGUUGGGCGACCCGAAAGAGAGGGCUCGAGCAUACACCAGAUAUAGCAGAAGUAAGCUUACUGGCGGCAGCAACAGGCCACCGCAGCAUCCGGGCACUGUGGAACAGAAACAUGAAUCUCAGGCACAAGGGACUUUGCAGAGGCAUGCGUCCACGGUUGGAGCAGCGUCCAGCGGUGUGGCAACGAUGCGUUCCCUUGCGGAUACGCUUGCAGCCCAAGGCACGACGACGCAAUACCAAUCGCGACCACAGGCUGCACGCCAGCGAGACACAUUGCCACCGCAGCACACGGCCAGCGAUAGCACGCAGCCUAGAACGUCUUCCGACCAAGAACCAUCACCAGGAGCAGCAGCAGCAGCAGCGGGCACGCCUAGUGCAGCGGCAGCAGCAGAAGCCACUGCGGCCACCACAUCGUCAGUAAACAACGUUGACGUGCGGUCAAUGCAGAGCUACCAGUUGGUAACCCAACAAGAAGGCAAGGUCACCGUAAAGAGUAUCCGUGACAAAAGGCGGGAACUGCGCCAAGUCAAGUCACCGUUCACAACAAGGCUUCCAAAGCUACCACAGGACACGGUAUUAAAUCGAUCUCCACUGCCAACACAGGACAAGGAUCCAUCGCCACACUCUACACGAGGCUCGGGCUCCGAGAAGGAUGAGCAACGGACUUCGGACCAUUCCAUGGCCGACCUCUUGGCGAUGGAAGAUGGCAAGGCUUGGUCACUGACCACUCAAGGCAAAUUGACAGACCAACGUCACCAGCAAGAGGCGAAAGCAAGACAGAGGAAUGAGAUGGUACAAAGGAACAAGAUGAGACCAAAGCACCAAAAGAAGGAUUCCAGCGGAUCAAGCGACACCUCAGUCCAUCCAUCUGGCAGAAAGAAACCGGAUGCACCUCGUAGAAAACCACCAGCAAAGAAACUUGCAAACAGACCAGUGAGGGACACUGCACAUAAGCGGAAAGUCCUUUUCCCAAAGAUUACUCAGCCACCUAAGAAGGCCUGGACUCAGCAGUCAGAAAAACACUCGAAACACCGGCUUGUUCUGCCCAACAUUCACGCAGCGAAAGACAGCAGCACCGGAAGCAGCCUCAGCAGCGGCCACUCCAGCGUGCACACAUCCACGCAUGGCAACACCGGAAGCAGCAGUAGUGGCUUUUAAAGUGGAGCGAAAAUGUGUAGCUCCUAGCGUUGGAAAUUGAGUGGCUAGCGGCGGAAAUUCCCAGACUAUUGGUAAACUGGUGCAUACAACAGCAAAUGAAGAACUUUACUUAAAGAUAUCUGGAGGAGAGGUAAAUGCCGUGGGUAGAAGUUGCUCCCCAUCUUUCAAGCGCGUGCGUAUUCUCUAUGGACAGCCUCGCGUGGUCCUAGCUUUCAUACUAUGCUUUUCCUUCUACGUCUGCAUGCGACACACUACCGACGUGUGCAGUGCAGUGGGCGUUGCAAAGGUCACUGAGAAUGUCACCUAAGCAGUCUUGUACCUGUUUUUCGUUUAUAUGGCCAGACAUCUAGACUAGCGUAGAUCAGCGAUGCUGCAGUCGACAGCCGACGGCCGUGUGUGAAAUUGAACAUGUGGUACUGCUUGUAGUGACAUGCAGAACCUGAUCUAGCAUUCUAUAGUCGUUUCUCGAAUGACUCUUCAUAGUACAUGUUACACUCAAAAGUCAAUAAAUUAUCAUUUUUGCCACUAGGCUUGCUUCCUUUUAUGGGAGUGAGUUGUGUCAUCGAUAACCAUCUAUUUGACACGUCUCGCCAGAGGUACAGGCACAAACUUGCAGACUGUUAUUGGACAUAUUGAAAUUGAAAUGUGUCGUUCGCUGAGCGGCGCUCAUUUCACUGUCGUGUAUCCCUCUCAGCAACUGCGUGAAUGCGCGUUCCUAUCUAGAGCGCGCUGCCAUGACAAUCACCCAGUCCAACGUUACACCUAUCAUUACGAGUAGUCUUGACACGCUUUAUCGAGGAGUUGCUGAUCCAGACCUUUUUCUCCAUCCAACUUGUUGGACAGACCUAUCUGGUUUAUUGGUAAUGUUUCAAGUUUGCACGCUCACUUCUUUUUUGUUUUGUUUCCUCUUCCCCUGUCAUUUUAGAAAUUGUCGCUAACGGCUUAACUAUCAACAUGUAAUGAGAAAUAUUGUACACUGUU